AUGGAGCUCUUUUUUAUGAAAAACAUAAUUAAUAUGGACAAGAAGAAAUUGUUAAGUACGUGCUUCGGUGCAAUUGGCUCGAGAAACUUCUUUUUUGAGGCACGGGGUGGGAGCUAUAAGAAAAAGAAAAUUAAUUUCGAAAAGAGAAAGAGAUAUACCACAAAUACGCGGGGAGAGAAGGAAAAAGAAGAAAAUGGUACAAAUGGGCCAAAUGGGGAAUGUGGAUCUAACAGACCGAAUGGACAAAAGCGAGUCAAAGCGCAGAACAUAUUUUUUACGUGGAGAUGUUUAGCUGUCAAUUUGGCAUUAACACUACCAACUCUGAUAUAUCUAUACACUGCACAGAUGGAAAAAAAGGGGAAAAAAAGAGGCAUUGGUAAAACGACUGUAGAAAAUAUAGGGAAACCAUUAAUAGGAGGAAACUUUACUUUGAUUAAUCAAAAUGGUAAGAUCAUAACAAAUAAAUUUUUUAAAAAUAAAUUUUGUUUAAUUUAUUUUGGGUUUACUUAUUGUCCUGAUAUAUGUCCUCAGGAGUUAGAAAAGCAAACUAUAGUAACAGAAAAAAUUACCAACAAAUAUGGAAAUAUAAUUACUCCAAUUUUUAUUUCAGUAGAUCCAAAUAGGGACACAGUUGCACAAAUAAAUUAUUAUUGUAAGUCAUUUAGUGAAAAGUUAAUUGGUUUAACAGGUACUAAGGAACUUAUCAAGGAUGUUUCCAAGUUAUUUCGUGUUUACUACAAUGAACAUUUAACAGAGUCAACUAGUAAAGAUGUAGGAAAUGGUAAUAACAACACAAUCAAUAAGAACUAUAACUACUUAAUAGAUCAUUCAAUCAUCCAUUACCUACUUGAUACGAAUGGAAAAUUUGUCGAUUUUUUUGGAAAAAACUGCACAGUCAAUGAAAUGGUUGAAAGGAUUUCGCUUUAUAUAGAUGAAUAUCUAGCAAAGAAUAAAGUAGAGCAUGUAUGA